GUUGCAUCCUUCGUGCCGGAUGCACGUACAUUUCGCGCGCUGUCGAAAUUUCAAUUUGUUUGUCAACAAUAAUUCCAUCGAAUAAUCGAUUAUUGCGUAACAACUCUCGCUGUUCUAUUUUUAAAAUAUAUCUGUGUUUGUAAACAGUGAUGUGCUUGUUAGGAAUAGAGCCGUUUCCCCCUUUUUGAAAACGUUCUAUUUUUGUUUAUCGUGGACGGUAGUGUUCGUAGUGUUAGUGAUGUGAAUUGAAAUUGGAUUCAAUCAUGUUUGGAGUAUUCAUUAGACGGUGGAAGCCUAAAAGAUCAUCGAACAAUGAAAGAAGCGAAAGUCCGGAACCAGAUGACAAUGUGUCUCCGGAACCGCCCGAUAGACCCCCUGGGAAGGUGCGCCAAGUGCACCCAGAGCAAAAAACGCAAGUGCUGGCAUAUGACUCCACGUACCGCAAAAAGAACAAACCAAAUUCGCUGCCCUUAGAAGACAAUCAGAUGUAUAACCAUUUAGCGAAUACGAAUGUCGCUAUGUCGCCCCUGUAUCCCUUGACCCCGAAUAUUUGUAUCGAAGGUGGAAAGAUUGAGUUCAUAAAAUCGCCACCUGUGAGUGCAAGAAACAGUAUGGCGCUAGCAUCGCCUCCCCAGACGCCGCUAGCGACGCGGCGCGGAUCUCGCGAUAAACGUGACAUAAGGGCAGGGAGUGAUGAGCCUGAAAAGUUCGAUGGUGAUAAGGAACUACUUGAAAAGCGAAUAAAGCAUUUAGAAGGACAAUUAGAAGAGGAGAAACGAAAAACCCAGCGCGAGCGCAUGGCCGUCACUAAGCUGCAGAAUAAAUUAAUAAAGCGCGAGGGAGCUGCGCGCAACGAUGCGGAGCGCGAGCGUCGUGCGCGCGGCGACUGGGAGGCGCGAGCGCGCGCCGCCGAAGCGGACGCGGCGCGACUCGCGGGCAAGCUGCACGCCGCGCAGCGCGAGAUUGUCAGAAUGGAAGAAACCGUACGAUCGCUUCUGCAGCACAAGAAUCGAGUGGAAACUUUGAAGCAAGAGAAAGCGUCUUUAUCUUCAGCGCUGGAGGCGUCAGCAGCGCAUUACCAAAGUCAGUUGUCAGUGCUGUCAGCUGAAAACGAGCGGCUACGGGGUCAGUUGUCAGCACUGUCAGUCAGUUUGGGGGUCGGGGAGCAUGAGAAAAAAUUGGACGAUGUUGCGCAACAAGUCGUCCGAGCGCUGCUCUCCCAAAAGAGCGUCAGAGAAGAGCUGGGAUGCGCUAGGGCCCGCAUCCGCGAGCUAGAAGCACAAAACAGAGCGCUAAGCGCGCUGCUGGUGCGGCAACUGCGUCCGCAGCCGCGCCCGUCGCCGGCAACGCCGCACACGCCCGCCGCGCUGCACACCCCCGCCACCCCGCACACGCCCGCCACUCCGCAUGCCAAUAGGGACUUGCAAGUACACCUAGUGGACGUGGGCUCAUGCGGGUCGCUGGUGUCGUUCCGCGACUCGCCGCCGCCCGCGCCGCCCGCGCAGCUGCCGCACCCGCUCAGUCAGGACGACAAGCGCAGACAUCAGAUACUCGCCGACAUAUGGACUGAGCUGAAGGGCUUGGAGGUGACGCCGGCGAACCUGGCGCGCGCGCUGUCGGCGGUCGACCCCACGCUGUGGGCGGCGCCCGCGCGCCCCGCCACGCUCAGCCUCAGCGUGCCCAGCGCUGAUAAGGGGAAAGAAGCGACUGCAGAGAAAGAGGAAGAAACGGGCGAGCAAUGUGAAGCGGGCGCAGAAUCCCCAGAGAGCGGCGCCAAAGACGAGGGCUACUCCACCAUGUCCAGCGACGUGCAAGCCGACGCGUCGCGCCAGAGCGACCACGCCGUCGACCGCGUCCUGCCCGACCUGAACGAGGCGUCUGACGAAACGGACAACCAGACCAUCGUCUCCAUCAACCCGCGGGAGACGCGCCGCCACGCCAGACUCCUCGCGGAAGCGGACUACAUCUACUUCCCCAUCGGCGUCGCUUUCGCGGGCAUCCGCGGCAGCUACCCCCCCUCCAGACCAGUUCUACCUUUCCAACACGUCGUGCGGAGCUUCUCAGACUCUCAUCUGUGCUUAAAGUUACUAGCCGGCACCACGUGCCCGACCAGCUGCCUAGAUUCCCCCUCGCCCAGUUCGGGAGUUUUAGUGCUAGAUCUCAAACCGGCACCUGAAAGACCAUUGAGGAGGCCAGCGAUCGCCUCUACCACCAGCUCAGAAAGAGUCUCAUGGGGAAGUACUGUUGAUGAACGAGCGGACGGGUCGCAGUUCGAUUCUGAUUACGUUCAACACUGGUUAGAGCUGGACGACGCUAGAUCUGCUUUACAACAGAGGCACAGAGACCUAGCAGACUUAGAAUACGAUAGAGCCGAAUUAGAAGACUGGAGCUUGUCGUUGUCGUGCGAAGAUCUCAGAGACAGGCAGUCGCCUUUCGCCGAAAUAACGACGCCCGGUCAAAUAUCCUUGUCCACUCUGCCUAGUAUAAGAGAAGAUGACGCGCUAGAAUUAGAAGAAGAUGUAGGUGACUGUUUGUGGAACGAUUGCGGUUUUGCGACAGUAGAAAUCGACGAAUGUAGGAUAGCGGAUGAAAACGAAACUUCAGAAAAGAGAUGGGAAUACUCGGGAACACAUUCUCCCGGUGGAUCGUGGUCGAGUGCGUCUGAUGCCCCUGAAAAGAGAUCCAGCACAGCUUUAAGCGAAGACGGCGAUUGCGCAAAUGUUGGCUUAGAUUUCACAAGAGACUUCUACCGACUCGUCAAAUAUGAAAGCACGAAGAGCUUGGCGUCGAAUUCUUCAAGGAGUGUACCGAAUCAAGAUCAAAACAACCACUUGAGAAUUCAUGACGUACAAUCCAUGGCUUUACAAGACCGAGAGCAAGCGCUACAAAACGUGCUCAACUUCAUAGCGGAGCAACAGAAAUACUGCCGCGACAGAGAGGAGUCCGAUUCAAUGUCGUCCCGUCCUGUGUCUGAAAUACGAGAAUUGCCUCCUCCAUAUGCUGCAGCUGACUUCGACGACGAAUCCGUCGACCCACGCAGCGAAGUGUCCGAUGACAGGCAAAGGCCCGACUCAUUCGGAAGUUUCUCUGAAAACGAUUCAUGUGAUAUACCCGAAAGACCGAAAGUCGCUUUCUGCGACGUUGUUUCCGAGCCAAAAUCGACGCCAAGGUUCAUAGAAAGGGAAGAGCCUUACGCAGAAUCUGAAGAUUAUUACGUCGAUAUGUCGCGAGCGGAUAGCGCAGAAAAUGAUAUGGACCAACAUAAUUUGCUCAAAAUUCAGAGGAAAAACGAAAUUAACAAAAUCAUCGACGUUAGCAAUUUAACAGAUCUCGAUCAAGCGUCUUCAUUGCGGGACGAUAAAACGGAAACAGAAGCCAGUCGUCCGGACAACUGUCCAUUAAGAGAGACCAAUGUAAAUAUAAUAAACCGGCCAGUACCAAACGAAAGAGAGAUAGACACGUGUCUCGCGAAGUCAACGAGUUUUCCCAACACGAGCGAGACGGAAAUAUCUCUAAUGGACGAAAUAUUAAGCGCUUGUCGGCGAAGCACAGUCGCCUUGGUAACCGUCCCAGAAGAGGAAGAGAACUCAUCGCCCGAGACGAGUUCCCCUCAAAUGACUGAAUCGAAUACGACCAGCACUUCUACAGCUGAAACUGUGAUAAUAAGCAAUAAGAAUGAAGGGAAGGAAGUGCGGCGGAGGGAGAAGAGUCGAAUCCCUACACUGAUGGGUGGGAAAAGGCCGCCAUCUUCCCCGAAUAGGGUGAAAUCCAAAAUACCCGUAGCAGAUAAGAAUAAGCCAACGAAUCAACCUUGCCCCGAGUCGAUUAUAGUUAAGCAGGAACAUACGCUGAGUUUCCACGAAGCGGCUACGUCUAAAGAAGUUAUUGAAGAGCUUAAUAGGAUGAUUCGUCAGAGUGAAGGCGCUGCAGCUGAAGUUAAGAAUGAAGAAGGAACGGAGAAGGCGUAUGCUCAAAAGGAUAGUGCGUUGUGGGCGCCCACUGGUUGGGUGCACGUUGAAAAAGAUAUCGAUUUCAGCGAUCCUAAGGCGCGCGCGAACCUGCUGGACGUGAUGCUCGCGUCCAGCGACUCGUCCCCCUCCUCGUGCGGCUCGUCGCCCGCCGACGCGCCGCCCUACUCGCGCCUGCACCGCCUGCACCGCUCGCGCAGGCAGAAAACCGCGGCGGCGCUGCGCCGCGGCGGCGGGCGGCCCGCGCGCGCGCGCCCCACCAUCAUCGGCCGCGACGACUUCUUCGUGCGCUUCGCGGAGCCCGAGCGGGCGGCCGUCGCGUCCUUCGACUUCCUCGACGAACUCUCCGGCAACUCGUCGCCGGACACCAAAGACUGUCAUGAUUAGAUUGUUGUGUGAUUGCGAAUAAACUGUUACGUUUUGCGCGCCUUUUAUUUUGGUUGUUGGGUGUGCGUAAUAGCUCACUGUGGCUGUCGGCGUUUCGACAGAUUGCGAUAUGACGUUGUGUGACGUUGAUGCUAUUUGAUAUGGUUUGUGAGUUAGUAAGGUGUCGAAAUUGAGUUGGUUUAUGUAUCUGUGAAUCUUGGAUUGUUUUCUGUAGAACUGAUAUUGUAUUCAAUUAUGCUUGUAGGGAGUUUUACAGCAACGUACCGAAUAUAUUUUUAUAUGUUGUGAUAUUCCCGCUCUCGGUCGCGUCUCGCUUUCGACGCCAAUUAGUGUAGGCGGCUGCGACUAGGCUGCAGCUUUUCUGCCAAUAGUUUAGGUGUAGUCGUUUUAAUAAUCUAACGAAGCACCUAGUCUUAAGCUCGAGGAGGAGGACGAGUUGGACAAGGAAUGCGUUAUUUUAUGUUAACUUCGGGUCCAGUUAUUGCAUUUGUGACAAGAUAUAAUGAGACUGGAAACGGCUGCUUGAGAUCCGUAUAGGACCCGAAAUUAUUAAUUACUUCUGCGUUGUUCGCUUACGCUUCGUACCGGUAACACCGAGCUAGGUAAGAAGAUAAGUAAUGACUAAGUAGGUAAAUGAAAGCUGCGGCCUCGAAGUAAUGUGAUAUUUUUGUAUAUACUGUAAGUCCCACUUAUUUUCGUAUACAUUUAAAUGGAUUCCUUUGAACUCGAACGAAGCGUACUGUUGGGUUUAGAAUGUGUAUUUAGUGUGCCCAAACGUGUGCUGUUGUAUUAAGAUGUAUUCUUAGCACACAUAAGGGAACGCCCUUGUGGGUUUACUAUAUUGUAAUUUUAGGUACUUAUGUAAAUAUUGACGAUUAUUUGCGUAUCGAGCUAGUAAUUACACUUAAAAGUUAUAAAGAAUAGUCAUAUUCUAUAAUGGUCGAAUAAUCUUAUAAAAUCCAUUAAAUCAAAGGGUACUAAAUAUUAUAAGUGUAUAUAUGUUAUGACGUCACUGAAUGCUAUUUAUUAUUUUGUAUCAUUUGCGUUGUCUUUGUGUAUACUUAGGAACAUAUCAUACAAUUGUAUUAUUUUCAAGUAUCAAUGUAAUAAUUAUUAGCAAUGACAUGAGGGAAACUAAAACAAAAAUUUCAAAUGUUGUUAUUAAAUUCUCCAUAAUGCACAUUAUUCGUGAAUCAUGAAAAUAAAUGCAAUGUUUUGGCAUGGAGCUGUCAUUUUGAAAUUUGACAGUCUGUGUGAAGAAGGUGACGUUUCUGUUGGCGCCAAAUCUAAUAUUAAAUGCAAAGUACUCGUGUCAAAGCUUACUUGCGAAAUAAUUUACAGAAUGUACCUAUGAGAUUGGAUGUGGUUAUGAACCUUGUGAAUUUGUAGUGACUUGCUACUUUAUUACGCAUAGUUAUCGUAAUGGCGAAAACCAAAGCUAUUAUUUACACAAAAUACAGAUAAUUGCCACCACUUGUUAUGCUGAAACACAAAUUAAAUUGCCCGUUUUAUUAUCAGUUACCCCAGCUUUGUUUUAAUGGCAAACGUUGAAGACAAUAAGGAAGAUUUUUACCUAUUAUAUAAAUGAAUAGAAACGAAAUGUCGACUCGACCGAUAUCUCAAAUAUUAUCUAUUCUAUUAGUACUUAUAUUAAAAUUGGUAUAUACUUAAGUUCGGGUACACUAUACAGUAUGUCAAUAGUUUUCGCUGUUUUAGAUCAUUAAAAUCAUCAGAAAUAUUUUACGAAGCAAUAAACACCAAUUAUUAUUAAUAUAUUUUUGACAAUUUAUUGAAUGACGUAAGAUGUAGGUAUUCAAUUAUGUAUCCGAGCAUUGUACAAGGUUUAAAUAAUAAUGUAUUUCAUUUAUAUAUUGAAUAGAUCUUCAAAUUAGGAUCCUGAAGUUUUACAACUGAUUUUAGCGAUAGAAAUACACUGUUCCUAUAUUAAUAAUUCACUCCUGUCAAUGUAGGUGUAAUUUUGUGUGGAUUGACCUCUUGACUUGUAUUGGCAAUUUAUUUCUGUCAUUAAUACAUUGUAAUAAUUAUGUAAUUGUAGGAUCCAGAAGUACUGUGAUUGGUAACUACCAAGUUUGAAGCACAAUCGGAUAAAUAGAAAAUAUAAAACGUAUUCCUCAAUAUUGGGUGCAUUUUUCGUACACUUCUAACCUAAGAUAGAAAUACUUGAAAUAGGUAGGUACUUUGAACAGUACAAAAUGUGUAGAAUAACGGUAUAAUUUAAUUAUAUACUAUUGCAGAUGGGUUAAAUAAACGAUUCCGUUCCCAAAUAA